CUUUCCGGAUCGUGUGUGGUGCCGCAGUUGGUGCGCGCUUCUCUCGGUGAAAACGAAUUAUCCGCGGGUUCCUAUGCGACCCGUGCAAGCAGAACUGCAGGAUUUUUGCCGCUCGCAAUUUUCCAGCAUAUCCUUCACACUCCUUCGUUGCGCCACUCGCUCGUGCUGCCUGCGGAUCCAACGUACAUCUGACGACGAGAAAUCACGGGAGUGCGUCCUUUCAGUUCUCGCGGCGGGACGCGCAUUUUCAUCCUUCGCGGAGGCGACUGCAGGAAGUCUAUACGAGAACAGGAUGGAGUAGCGCACGAGGUGCGAGAUUUCCGAUAAUCGAACAGAUCGACUGACCUCCAUUCGCGGGUCGCAAGACAUCUAGUGGUGGAGUGUGCGUCGGUCAAAGCGCCGAGAAAAACUGCGGUCGGGAAAUUGCGAUCGGAUUGUCGCGUCGAUCUCGCGUCGCUUUUCAUUUUCCUUCUCGCGCGCGCGUUCUUCUCGCCGUGUAUCUCACGGGAUUCCGGCUUCCCGUUGGCAUCAAAGGGACGCCGUUCGCCUUCAGGAUUUCGUUACUUCGAGAGGACGGUGAUCUGGGAAUGAGUUCGCGAGUCGCGCGUAAUCGGGAAGUAACGUCGUCGAUGAUGCGAACGAGACGCACGGCCGGAUAAUGCGUCGCGAAGCGAUCCCGCGGAAUCAUCGUUACGACAUCGCCCGAGGGGAAGGAUGCAGCACGGCAAAGGUGGAUAGAAGACGCCGAACGUUCGACAAGGUUUAUGUGCAGGCCGGCGGCAUCUCGGUACCGGACCGCGAAAUCGCACGGCUACGAUAAGAAGCAGAAGUGGAGACGGACAAGUGUGCGGAAGGGUACGCGGUCCAUACCCGGCCCGCCAUCCUGGCGGCAUGGUCCUUUGGGCCACAAUACUAAUCCUCCAAGGAGCUGGAUUCGUAGGCUCGGUGACAGGCAUUCCCGGCGUCCCGGAAAACAUAACGGUGAUGUUCCUGAACCCGACGUCCGUGCGCGUGUCUUGGAGCACCAGUCAGGUCGAGCAGGUCGAGAAAUACGACGUGACGUACAAGCCAACCGACGCCAGGGUGGUGGCGGUGGUCGCAGGAAACAGCGAAGCGGUUACUUUGAGCGGCCUCCGGGCUGAUACGCAAUAUCAGCUGGUAGUAACCGCCGUGAGAGCCGGAAAGAAGUUUCGAAGUCGACCGAUCGUCUUCCGUACACUCGGUAAGCUUUGCCUUCCUAAGCUUUACCUGUCUCCGGCGUCACGGUCACAGGCGAGAGAGCCACCACGCACGUCCCCGCAGCAAGAUGCAGCGGUAACCGGUGGUCCUCUUCCACCACCUCCACCGUCCUCGCAACAACCUCAACCGUAUAUACAAAUCCGCGGCGUCGAGGUGGGCAUAGUAGUGUUAGUGCUGAUAGUCUGGGCGGGGGCGAUCGCGCUCUUCUUCAAUCGCUGGGGCAAGAUCCGCAUGUUGCUGCCGUAUCAGCCGGACUACAAGGAGCAACUCAAGGUCCCCGGCACCGGCGUGUGCGCGGCCGCGAACGCCGCGUACACGCAACACCCGACGCAGCACGCGUGCUCUCAGCAUCUGCACUGGUCGAGCCAUCACGUGGACUCCUUAGACAGCGGCGGAGCUUUAGGCUGGCCGAGAACAUCGAGGCCACGCGUGAACAGCGCCAUCGACGUAGCCGGCUUCCUAUCCCAGGAAUUCCUCCGACGCCACGGCUCCACGUCGAAGUUGUGCCGUAAGGUUCGCAGUGCAGAUAACUUACCUCUCGCGUCAACGAAUCGCCAGCAAGACCCACGUAGGAACUCCAAGGACAUCGAGGGCGCCGAGGGCGACCGCGAGUCCUUCCUAAAGCCGAGCCAGGACGACAAGUCCGACGAUCAGGACUCGAGGAGGCAGAGCAGCCUCGACAGCGCGCCGAAGGACAAUACGGAAACGUCGCUGUUGGAUCCCAGUAAUCAGCAGCCCUCUUCGAGGGAUUCCCCGGUGGCGUCUUCGUCGUUGGUCGCCAGACGUUUCGGAGGAUGGCGCAGUAGCGGAAAUCACGAGUACGUCAGAUGCCCAGUGCGACAGCCUGCUUCCAUGGACGAGCGGUGUUAUCGGCGAUCUUACGAUUCCGAGGCCACUCGUCCGUCCUCGCGGUACCAUCACUACCAUCGGCGCGCGGACGCCGAGCGGCACUCGAAGAGCUGCGACUACACGCGCCGCCCUACGGAGUCGAGCAUCGAGGUGCAGCACUUCGGCCUGCCGAUUCUCAGCGUGAGCGAGCCGAGCCCGCCGGACGAGAGCGAGCGCGUCGACGACUACUUGUAGGACUUGCUUGCCGAGGACUUCCUGAAGGAGCUCCUCGUGUAAACCGUCCGCGACUCCCGUACUUCGCCUCGCCGCCCAACGCUGGGCUCGCCGUUGAUCGCGAGUCGCGACCGGACGUUUGACCCUUUGCCUCCUCUUCUUGCCUUCUUCUCUCUUUCUUUCACUCCUUGUGUCCUCAUCCCUUCGAGCAAUCGCGGCAUUGUCGCUGCGUACCUUCUUUGGGGAAUCGCAAACGACCCAAGUAAGUACAGAUAAGGAGAGGGAAAGAGAGAGAGAGAGAGGGGGAACAAAGAGAGAGAAAGAGAGUGUGUGUGUAUAUGUGUGUGUGAGAGCAACCUGCCUCUACUCCUUCUAACCGAUACUCUCGUGCGUGUUGUACUUUAGAGAAAAGUUCGAAGGUUAUAAAUAUAUUUGCUACUCGUAUCUCGUAGGAACUCCGCGCGCUCGCGUCUCCCACGCGGAUCUCGUUCAUAUCCAGCAACGCUGGCUAUCGUUCGCACGAUAGCCUCUCGGUAAAUCCAUAUCUCUAUCCGCGUUGACCCCCGCGAAAUAAUCGGGCGCGUUCGGCCCGCGUCCUACGAAAAAAAAAAGGGAGAAAGCGAAAAGCCCACGUGCGAGUGCGCGAGCGUCCGCCAUUGAGACGUACGCGUCUCGGCGAUUCCCCGGUCGCUUCGAUAUUGCUAAGUGGCUCGAUUCGACGCCUUUGAGGCUCCCCGGAGGACGCGUCCCACGCUCCCGAGGAUCGCGUUCAGAUCUGCCGCGCGCUCGCUCUUCACUUUUUUACCUGACGAUCCGGUAAGUGCAACGGCAGGAUAACGAGCGUUUCGAGCACGCGCUCGUUCAGUUACACUCCACCCGAACGAAGAGCGUGCACCGAGAGGAAAAACGUCGGGUGUCCGUGACUGCAUUCGCACAGUGAAAGAACCCAUAGUCGGAAAAUCUAUUUUUGUAGCGAGUGUUUAUCGAUAGUUAAUCUUAGCGAAGGUAGUAACUUUACAUACAUAUUUUUGCUGCUGUUACUCUUUUCUUUGUCAGAACGACACGAAUUGACAAAUUUUUCCGGUUUCUAAUUCGGAAGAUUCAUGUAGAUUCUGAUUGGAAGUGUAAUGUUUCCAACGUACGAUUCUAAGGAAGGUGGGAAACAUAAAUACGGCGCGCAUUAUGGAAGAUGUUAGGAAUGGAUUUCGAUCGUAAUCAUUUUGUCUUCCCUAGAACACGAUAGAAAACACAAUCGAAAUUUGGGGAGUAAUUGAAUAAUUCCGAUCGGCGUCCAUUUCGAGCGAUUUCAUAAUACGUGCACAAAUCCUACUUGAUCAUUCCCAACAUUUCCCCGAAGAUUUUUUCUGCUUUCCAUUUUACAUUACGAUUGGACGAAAUGUAUGAAACAAUUUAAAUGUUUACACUUUACAAGUACACACACACACACACACACGUCUCUCGAUUCUGGCGAUGAUAGUCGCAACGCACAGCCAAUCAGUAUCGCGGAAAAGAAGGUUUAUCCCGUGUUUGGGAUAACUUUGGGUAUUCUAAUCGGAAUCUAUACUGAACAUGGGAAGAUCCGGGAAAUUUUCUACGCGGGAAGGAGAUAUAGCCGAGAAACUGGCUAUAAUUUUAACGAGAUUUUUUUCUCUCAGUGUACGCGGACGCGCGAACACCUCCUCCCGCCUCGCGCGUUCCCUCGAUCCCCGGGACAUCUAUUAUGGAAUUGUUCGGAAAGAUUUCCGAUCGGAAUCGUUCGAUCACUCCUCAGAAAACACAAUAGAAGAAAUCUAUGAUUGAGCGAUUCCGAUCGGGAAAUCUUUCCGAGCAUUUUCACAACAGGCGCCCAGAUCCGGUCUCUCCUCUCUUCGUCGUUUUCGCCAGUUCUUACGUUAUUUCCUUUCACACGCGAAGCUCGCCGACGGUCGCGAACGCGUCGUCGAAAGAUCUCGAGAUAACGCCGCGACACGGUGGCGAUCAAUCGCGCGUGUACAACGGCUGCAAUCGCCAAUGGAUCUCGCGUAUCGCGACUGCGAUGAAGACAAAUGAUUGUGGCCAGCCGUUCAACGGCGUCAUCAGCCCUUUAACACCAGGUAAAUCAGGAUAGCAUAGUUCCAGUGCACCGGAAAAAAAUCUCAGUUUUCCAGGCAGCGGAAAAUUCAGUCACACCAACGCAGUUGUUUUUCCGUGUUGGGGCGCAAAAUUGAGAAAAAUGAUCAAUCGUUUUUCACGGACACGGAGAAGCUGCUGGCUCCGGAGCCGAAGUGAAAAGGCGACAUAUGCGCCGAGGACUCACCACGAGCUCACCGAGCCUACAAAUCGCGUUUGUAAUAUGCGUACAUUUCUCAUCUCGCGACAAGCCCGACGCGUCUCGGGGAGAGCUUAUUCCGCGCGAAAGACUUGAGGAUAACGUAACGCCUGGGCGCCAAGUGUCGGUGAGCCCGGAUGAAUUAUGUCUACGUCGCCGCGACGUGUCACUCGCGCCGCCGGCUCCGUGGCUGAAGAGAGACGAACGCGUGGUCGUGAGUACUCGCAACGUCACGAGCAAUCGCGACGCUACAUCGCCCGCCGCCAUGCACUCGAGCGCAAUUAUCCAGCUAACUUAUUUAUCUAGCAAAAUGAUCUGGCUGUUAGAAGAAGUGACCGUUAUAUUAUUGAUUAGUAAUGAAUUGGACACAAAUUUAGAUUUACGUUAUACGCGAUGCUCGUAUAAAAAAAACGGAACUUGGAAUUCGAAGGGCAUUUUUAACGUUCACGUUACGCAUUCAGAAUAGCCCAAAUAUUAAGACGCAAAGAGCGAUUGCAAGUGAACUGUAAGAUUCGUUGUCUUCCUCUCGAGAGAAAGAGAGAGGAUUUCGAAAGUUCUUCUCGAGGGAGCGAUAGAUCACGUGACGCGUGCGACAGAUUCGUACGAAGGUCGGCGACGGGUUGUUCGGAAUUUUUAAUAGCGUGAUAUCACCGCGCCAUAUCGUAUGAUUAAGGAACUCCGUCUCCCUCUCUCCCCUACCCUCCCCUAAAAUAAUCAGAAUGAGUCGCUGACACGUGCCUCAUCACCGCCGAUCUCUCUCGACUUCGCAUCUGUGGACCAAUCGUUGCGUGAGGAGAGCGGGACCAUUAAUCGUAGUAAGCGAGAACGCAAACAAUUCGUGAGGAUAGAUUCUGUUCGUCGCGAAUCCACGUGUCUGAGCGAGUAGGACGCGCGAUCGAGUGGAAGAGAAACCGAUUCGACCGCCUGUGUAUCUGAGAAAGAUUACGAGGGGGAUUAUCACGGUGGUUUUCGCCGUCGAAUAGAUCCACAGCCGCAGAAAAUCGGCCAGUUAGUCCGGCGAACGAUGCUAAUGUCGAUUGUGACACCUUUAAAGAUCGCUCGGUGACGAUUAUUUCAUUUCGUCGAACAAUGAAACCGCACGGAGAGAAAUAAUUCGGGGAGGCAGCAAAUUUUACAACGUCCGUAGCAAACGAAUGGAUAUGCAGAAUGCUUUUCCUCCAUGCGACAUUUUCUGUCUUAUGCGAUCGUAUUUUCUCUUAUGACGAUAUUUAUUCUUCGAGCAUGUUUAAUGAGGAAGCUUGCUUUGAAAGUACGUUUCACAACAUCACUUGCAGCCUCGGAGUGAUGAAGUAUCGAGAAAAUUGUGUUCCUGUCGUCACUUGUACAUAUCGUCAGAAUUCUAACGUGGUUUAUACCUCUCAUCGAUGUGCCUCGACCUCUCGAUAUCUCUACGCGGAUGAUUUACAAGUCGUAAAUUUCGAGGAAUCAAUCGACCCACAUCGAUGCGUUUGCGUCUUAUCACGAGCACACUUCGCCGAAAAUUGUCAUAAAAUCACAUUACAUCGUGGUACCCAAGUUUAUCAAAUUAUUAACUUAACGAUGAAACGAGGCAUAUCAACGUCGAUUCAACUUGACUUCGAACUUCUCGAUUAAGCGGUAAAAUCGAAGGAGUUCGAAAUGCAUGACGCGCGUUAAAUUUGAUCUUUCAUUGGUUAUCACCACCUUGUCCACCGCCAUUUUCACAUCAAGAUCUUUGUUCUAAGCCGCUACGAUCCGCAGAAACUGAGAUAUCGACGAUUGUAUGAAGCGGCGCGCUCGAUCGGCGCGCUUUCGGAAUGGAGCCAAUGGCUACGUUCAGAAAGAGAGAAAAGAGAGGAAAAGAGAACUACCGCAAGCUAGUGCAGCCAGUACAGAAAACAGACCCACGGUCGAUGCCACUCACACAAACGCGCCGACAAGUGCAUUCGUGCAACUGCGAAUGGCCGGCGUAGCGGGGAGCGACCAGGCUUGCUGGGGGUCGCAAAGUCGGAGCAAGGCUGCAGUCACUGCGUACAUGACCUACCCUACAGCGGUAGCACCGAAUACCGAUCGAGAGGGCAAAUCGAUAUGAAGUGUCGAUUUUUUUUUUAAUAUAGCAGCAACGUGAAACAAAAAACUUUGAAAAGGGGAAAUCACCGCGUUCCCUAUGAACAUGACGUUCUUCGGAGAAGUAAUGAUUGAUUAGCUGUAUAAAAUACGAGAGACAUGGAAUUUUGUGUCUGAGUUAAGAUGGAAAUUGAUCUAAGAUGGAAACCAACAGGAAAGCUUGGUUCCGAUUUGCGAUGCAGAGCGCUAGUUUUGUGUUCUUAGCGGAUAUAAAACACAAUUUAAGAGAAAAUGAAGUAAUAAUGAAGGAGAAUUUUAUCCUAAUUCUGAUACGCAUUUGGGAAUUAAUUUGUUAAUAAAUUUUGAAUGUCAACUUGUUCCACAAAAUUCUUCCACGGAAAAAAAAUAUACAAAACAAUUCUAGAUAUACGCGUACGUAUAACUCUUGCCAAUUAGUCGUUGUAUUAUUUAAAACUCGUCGCAGGGUGAACGAGCGGCGAACGAGCGACAUUAUCGUCUUUUCCGAACGCGAAAAUAAGAUAUUUCUUUAUUUAUGCCGUAUUCCCUUAAUUAUAGCAUGCGAGGGAAACUCGUGAAGGAAGCGUGCCGAGUUCUCGUUACAACGAACGAAUUUCGAAAUCACGAAUUAUUUACACACACUUCGAUGCUUCUGGUCGUCGUAUCAGGCGCGUCGCCGAAAUAACUUUCGUGAUAAGCGUCGACGAACACCGGCACUCGAUAUUAAACAUCGAGCGUUAAACUUUCAUGUUCACCGUAGAAUUCCGCCAUUGUAACUUAAAUCCACAUCCUCGGAUCGAUAACCCAGAUCGCCCUUGGAUCUUCGGCGCGAACGCUGUCGCACGUGUCGGAGCGAAGGGCCUUCGGUAUACACGGAGAGCGAGCGUUUUUAUCCACAUCAUUCGUCGUAGCGGCUGCGUAAAGAAAAUCGAUAACCUCAACCUUAACUCUUUCGCGAUCGCCUAGAUUGCCGUGUGUUCUCAUUGUCUCGCGCGACGAUCCCGCGCCCGCAGAAGACGACUGCCCAAACGGAACAGAGAAUCCCGAUGACGUCGCACGAAGGGAAAUAAUUUAGGAUGGACGGCAGAUUUUAUGUUAUCAUAGCAAAGAAAUUAAUAUACGGGGGUGUUAAGUACUAUUCAAUAUCUUCGGAAUUGCUUUCUCAGAGGUUAUUUUGUAAAAACAAGUAUCAGACGAACGUGUGUUCAUUUCUUCACAAGAUGACCUGGAAAAUCAAUUCCUAAAAUAUUGAAUGGCACUUAAGAGGCACCCGGUGCAUUUAUUUAUUUACUACGGCAACAGAAAAUUUGUAAUUUCUCUGGAUUAUUUUUUACCUUGCGAAGUAACGAGAAAAUGACUAUAAAAUCUCUUUUUUUUUUACCAUGACUCGAUCAUUUCCUCGUCAUUUCAACAUCAAUUUGACGAAAUCCUGAUUUUGCGUCCUACUCGAGUCAGCGUACGUCCUGAUUGUCAGUGAAGCUCUCGCGAAGCGCGCGACGCCUCGUUAGCAAUAUCGAAUCUCCGAGAAUCGCGAUUCUCCCGAAGACAAACGGGGCAGGGGAGUGAUGACCGACGAUGAAUGAAUCUCCUUAUCACGCUGCGCGACGUAAAAUAUCAUGGGCUUUCAUGUGAAUUAUCUACAACGAUCGUGCAACUCGCACGCCCGUCGCGUCGUCUCUUUCGCGCGCGCGCGCACGCGAAAUUUCUCGGGCCGAGGAGACGACGCGGAUGCGUCGAACAUCGGCACGGGAAACUUGGAACCAGCGGCCCGUGGCCGCCUAAAUUUUAUAUGUAUUUCAGUUUAUAUAUAUACAUACAUAUGUACGCUUACGUAUCUUACGAACACUUCACGUAUCACGAACUAGUCGGCGGAAAGGUGACGAUACGAUGCUUUCAAUCUCACCCCGGCAGAAAGAGAGAGAGAGAGAGAGAAAUGUAUUCUCUGGAAAUGAAUAUCCAUAUACGUCGAAGUUCAUGCCGGGAUUCAUCAGCGCCUCGAAUUGUGUAUGGUAUUUACGUCUGACAUUUUCCGCGCGCAUUGAUCGUGCUUAUUCCUCUCCCCCAUUACACAUUGAUGUCACCUGCCAUGUUUAUCUCACUUAUUAUUUAUUUACCAUUUUAUUGUUGCAUCCGUUUCGCCGUGAUUCGACGCGGAAAACGAUCGUGUCAUUUGGACGGUAAAACGAGCGAGAUGCGAUAAAGCGUGGAUCGUUAUUAUCAUGCAAUGUAUUUAAAUUAAAACGACGAUGAACGAUGAAUCGUUUCCAACGGAGAGGAAGAGGUACGGACGGUGAAGGUGGAUCGAAGCAUGAACUUUGCGCACACACGCGACACACACAAAGACGCACGCGUCUACACACGAAGAGAUCGGAAAGGAUUCAAUUACCUCCAAGCGAUUGAUAAUUAUAGCUUUAAACGAAGAGACCAAAUAAUUAGAGUCCAUAUUCUCUUACGAAAGGGGCAGUCUUAGGGGGACCCGAAUUAAGCAAUUUUACAAAGAAAGAGUAUCCGUCUAAGAUUACUAUAUCCUCUGUACAUAUAUAUAUAUAUAUACAUAUAUAUAUAUAUAUAUACGUACAUACCUUUAUGUAGUAUUAGAAUUCCGAUCAUGUUGAUACGCAGCACCGGAAAGUCGCGCGAGCAAUCGUUCGAUCGAUCGAGGGUGCGGGGAUUGUGAGGGGGAAACUUUGUGCGUUUCCACACAUUAAUAUAGCGAAGAUUCCAACCUCUGUCGCCGUCGUAACGUCGAGUGCUCCAGCUGUAUAUAAUGACAAGAGGCACGCUCUCUAUCUCGCGUGCGUCGUGUUCGGCGGCUGUGUAAGUUAGUCUCCCAAGUAAUAAGCAUUGCUUCUACUUUACCAUUUGCGCGAGCGAACACUGUGGCAUAUAUAUAUAUAUAUAUAUAUACACACGAACACGGCAUAGUGUGACGUUCUCAGCGUGGUAGUCAGUGACCGUAGUGGCCGUUCUCAGAUCUUAGAAGCGUAAGAACUGUCGGAGAUGUGUCUACACUUAGUCGAGACGUAAGAUAUAACGUGUCGUUUGUACGACCCCAGCAGACACAGCACAAGUUUCUAAAAGAUCUUAGACUUCUGAAGGACACCCAAAAAACGUCUUAUAUUUUUUAGACAUUUCUCAGAGAGGUCUUUAAGGAGGGUAAAAAUGUUUGAACUUGCGAGAAGUCAGUAAAGGGCGAUAAGUAAAGGGCGGGUAAAAUAAGUCAAUUUUGGUCUAAUAAAUGGAAUCUCUUUUAUGCAUAUCUUUUUAUAUUUUUCGACAUGCUGAAUCAUUUGCAAAUGUUAAUUUCAAGCCAAAUUGACGGGAAAAUAUUGUACAUCGCAUCCAAAGUAACAUAGUUUCGUCGAGAUCUGAAUCAAAAACUCAAGAAUACAUCAUAUUUUCUUACCUUCUAUUUCUCUUCCUAUUAUCUCUCAUCGCACUCCUCUAUUUUUAUUUAACCUAACAUCACCCAUCCAUCAGUUCAAACCUUCUUAUCUCCUUGAAACGUCUUUCGCAAAUUUGUGCUGUCUGGGACGGUACAAGUCAUCCGCGAGAUUCACAGUCGAGAAAGACAGAAUAUGUGUGUGCGUGAGAGUGAGAAAGAGAGAGAGAGAGAGAGAGAAAGGGAGAGAGAGAUUUUAUGUUUCUUACAGAAAUGGGAUAAACAUUAUUUUUCACAGAUUUAUAAGCUAUAUAUAUUUUCUUAACAAUGUCGCGCGCGCGUCAAGGAAUCAUCCCGCCUCGCAGAAGAAAGAACGAAAGGAAACACCCUCGAAUCUACGGAGAUAAAAGCUCUCUUUGUAUAUAUGCGCACCCUCUAUCAUCGACGGACCUGUUGUGUACGCCUAAGGACUUAUCGAGCGGAAGUGCGGUGAAAAACGCAGCCAACGAGACACGCGCCGCCACGAUUAUCCAUCCGACAACAACUACCCCCCGGUUCCCUUUCUUUCCUCGAUGCGUCGGCGCGACGGAGGGCUGCGCGCCGAGCGUCUCGCGCUCCACGCGUAAAUUCGAUGUGUAUAUUUGCAUGUAAAUAUCUCUCUGUAUUCGGCGUAGCCGGGGCGGCGAGGGGUCCUCCUCUUCGCCGUCCGAUCGCGACUGAUCGCGCGCGAUCCUCUUCUCCUCGAUCGGAGAUACCUCGACGGGAUCCGCGAGCGAGCGAAGACGAAGGAGAAGACGAAGAUGAAACGAAAGAAAAUAAAAGAACACAUCCUCGGUGUAAUACCCAGCGAACACCGCGAGCGUAGAUUUUAAGGUCCGUCAAUUCGUGACAUGCUAUAAAUUCUAAACCUGUGAUUUAUCGAGUCUAACUUUAGGGAUUAGCUUUAAAGCUCUUGGUAGUGCGAGCCAGAUGAUGAUAUACGCGAUCUGCGCGAUCUUAACUACUCUAUAUACAUAUUAUACAUACGAUGAAUCCGUACACUCUCUCUCUCGACUUACAGACAUAUCGUAUAUACUACCACUCUGCACGCUCCGUUGUAAUUAACGUAGGAACAAAGGGACCGUUGAGCCGAGCGCUGAUCCUUAAUCAAUAUGAUAAGCGCGUGAAAUUAACACUCGAGUCCUAGUAUCUUGGGGAAUCGGCAGACUCCGUCGGGUUCCCGUCGAAGUUGCACUUUGGCUUCCCGUGCGAAGGAGCGACGACAGGUGAAAACUGUGUACAUUUUUCCACGGACCAAAGUAACAUCGUCUGUUUUGCGCGCCUGUAAUUUUGUUUUCUCUCUCUUUUCUUUUCUGUUCAAGUCCUCACCGUUACACGAUUAGACGAUCACUCGCUCGCAGGAGCUCACCCGUCAUGCUGGUUAAGGAUUAAAGUGUAUUUUUCCAAACGA